UGGGGUCUAGUGGUUAGAGCUGGGAGCCAGGACUCCUGGGUUCUCUCCCCAGCUCUGGGAGGGCAGUGGGGUCUAGUGGUUGGGAGCCAGGACUCCUGGGUUCCAUCCCUGGCUAGGAAAAGCCUGUCUGGUGGUUCUGUGGCUGACAGUCUACCCCGGUGAUCUCCCCCCCAGCGCCCUGCUCUGUUCCAUGGACUAACUCGCCUAUGUGUCGCCCACCCGCUGUGCCCCUCCCUCGCCAUGGGGCUUGGCCGUGGGCUGCAGAGCGCCGCCCUGUUGUCUCGCCGGCCCUGGUGCCCUGGUGCCCGGGGACACAGGCCUGCUGGGCUGGCUCUUCUUGCGUUUCCCUGACGCCGGGCGCGCGCCCCCGCUGCCACGGCGCCGACUCCGGUUCCCUUGGGCCUCCGGGGCCUGCUGGGAGAACUGGGCGAAUCUGUCCCCACGUCCCAGGCUGCCUCGAGCACUAGGGCUGGAAGGGAUGUCGGCAGGUCCAGCCCCGCCGCUCUCCGUGUCAGGGGCUCGUCCGAGCGCUUCUUGAAACCCUCGGCGCGGACCCUAGGUCUGGGCGGGACUCUGUAAGGGGGACAGUCAGGUGACCGGGAGCUCCCGCCGGGCCCCGGGAGCCAAUCUCGGGUAGGAGCGGAGAGGGGACUGUCCCUCGAUCCGGCCAUGGUCCGGUGCCUGCAGUUCAAGGAGGAAGUGGGUCGAUCGGGGAGGGGCCAGAGGGGGAGAGGCUGAACAAAAGGGAAGUGAGGGGCUGGCUCGCUGAGUCAGCACGUACCCGCAGCGUGCCGGGGGCCCCCCAGCCCGUGGCCACGGGUCGGGCCUGGAUUUGGGGAGCGGAGUUGAAGCGAGAGAUGAUUCAUCUCCAACCUGUGUCUUGGGUGGGCGGGAGGCGCUAGAUACCCGAAGGCAGAAGUUAAACCCAUGAGGUCACGCUGAGUCUGGGGGGCCGGGCCCCCCGGCUGGGGUCGCUUGGCCCUCGCUUUGAGUCCAGGGGGCUGGGGCCCCCUGACUGGGGCCGAUCGGCUCUCGCUCUGCGUCCCCAGGGCUCCCUCAGUGCUCCCCAACCCACGCCGUAUGCCCCCUUUGGCAGGCCGGUGAUUUCCCGGCGCCAAGGGCGGGGAGGGGGCCUGUGUGCGGCCGUCUCCCCCGCGCUCUGACCCGGCGCCUCUCUCCCCGCCCGGCAGCUCUGCUCCAAGAGCCGGCGGAACCGCAAGUGCGGGGAGUGUGAGGCCUGUCUGCUGAAAGCCGACUGCGGCCGCUGCGACUUCUGCCGGGACAAGCCCAAGUUCGGCGGCGAGAACCUCAAGCGCCAGAAGUGCCGCUGGAGACAGUGCCUGCGCUUCGCAAUGAAGCGGCUGCUGCCGGCGGUGUGGAGCCGCGGGCAGGCGGAGGAGGGGGCGGGGGCGCUGGCCCCCCGGAAGGCCUGGAGGCGCAGGAUCGGCCGCAGCCGCCAGCCGGCCCGGAUCAAGCAGGUGGGGCGGCGGGUCAAGGGGAGCGGCCAGCAGCGCUGGGCUCGGGGCAGUGCCCCGCCGCAGGAGAAGGAGUGCCCGCCGGGUGGGGAGCUGCGGUUCCUGGCGGAGAAGGGGGUCGCCGAGGCGCCCGGGCAGCUGGUGCUGCUGAAGGAUCGGCCGGGGAGGGAGUUCCGACUCCAGGACUCCUGGGUUCUCCCUGCUCGGUGGUGGCUGUCUGGGGGGGCUCUGUGCUGCCCCCUGACGCUGUGCUCUGCCCCACAGGAGAAGGAGUGCCCGCCGGGUGGGGAGCUGCGGUUCCUGGCGGAGAAGGGGGUCGCCGAGGCGCCCGGGCAGCUGGUGCUGCUGAAGGAUCGGCCGGGCAGGGACUUCGUCCUGCUCCGCGACGCCCCCCAGAGCUUCCCCCUCCUGCUGCAGCACGUGAAGGAGGAGCCAGCCACACCCCCGUCCCCUGCCCACCUGGAGGAGCCGGCCCCCACCCUGCUCCGUGCCGCCCCGCCCCUGGUGAAGCAGGAGAAGGUGGAGCCUGGAUGGGACCUUGCACCGGUGCCGGCCGGGGUGCCCCUGCGGAUGGAGGGCCGGGGGCUGGCCAGGGAAGUGGUGGUUCUGGACCCAGCUGACAAGGACGAGGAGGAGGAGGAGCGCACCCCGGUGGUGAGUGGGGGGCAGGGUGCGGCGACGUUGAUUAAAAAGUAUUCGGAUGAUGCAGACGCCCCCCGGCUGGAAGCAAGCGGCAUUGCCGUGGUCUGCGGUGUGCGGAAAGGUGGCUUCCGUCUGCAACUGGACCCUCCCGGCUCGGCGGGGGCCUGA